CUCGUACCAGUUUGGAAGGCGCUGACAAUUCUCCCACACCAAUGGAAAAAAGGGCCGGGUAAUAUACCAUAGUUCAGUCACUAAUGGAGUCUCCCAGUUGAUUAACCCUAUCAUUUGGUUACAGGUACUUUGAUCUGUCACUGAGUGAUCCUGCAUCGUCUCCUCCCGAACUGCGGCCAAUGUCAAAGACACAGUUACCAACAGCACCUCAAAUAUUUACCACAGAACCCAGUAUUUCGAGUGCGGACGAUAACUUUAGUACAAAACCAACCGAACGCAUUAGCAGCCGCGAAUACGAUCUUGACAGCCACAAGAACACUAACGUGCAGGAGGUGCCGCUGCAACACGAUAGCGACGAACAAGGAGCACAAACACAAGCAAAGCCCCCACGUGGCGUAUCUUUUCGGCCCAAACUCGAAUAUAUUGGUCGUGCUUAUUCUACCGCAGCCCAGUCCCUCAAUACAGUCGAUGAGCAGCCGCGAUCGAGAAAGGAACGGGUCAUUAGCUUUGUGCAUCGCCGGUUUCCUAGCCGUGUUGUGCGUCGUGUACUAAAGUGCACGCUAGCGUACUUUAUCUCGACGUUGUUCAGUCUGAUCAGUCCCUUGGUACAGGCACUGGGUCCAGCUGCUUUCUUGACGACGGCUGGCGUCGUCUUUAAUCAUCCAGGCCGUAGCAUGGGCGCCCAGUUCGAUGCCACCAUUACAUCUGCCCUUGGUGUAUGUUUUGGUAUGGGUCUUGCUUACGCAGGUCUGGCUUGCUCAGUGGCCUACAAUACCCGUCACCCGGAUACCAUCCAAAUCGGCAGGGUGAUCAACGCAUUGUUUUUGUUUGUUGGCAUUUUUGCAGCACAGAUGAUCCGUCAGUUCUACCCAAGGUUUUUUUUCUUUUCGCUCCAAGCCAUGAUCGUCUUUAUCUUCUGCUUCAGCACUGCGGCUGGCAUGUUGCAGACGACCAUACCCACACAGCUGCCACUUUCUCUUGGUCUACCGCUGCUUUGUGGUGCUGCCAUCUCACAAAUCGUCAAUAUUUUUAUAUGGCCAGAAACUGCGGUUGAAGGUCUUGGUCGCGCAUUGCGGGAAACUUCCAACAGCAGCAAAGAGAUGCUUGAUCUGAUUACCAAGCAGUUCUUUCUUGAUCCCGAAUCCGAGAUGGUGGCAGGCGAAGUUGUCGAUGAAACUGCCGAAAAGAUGCGUGCAGGCAUGACCAAGGUCAAGUCUGCCUACCACGAAGCGAAAUACGAGAUAUCAUACACAUACAUCCGCCCAUACCAGCUAGGCAACAUUCAAAAAUCACUCGAUCGCUUGACCAAACACUUGAACAUUCUUGGUGGCAGCUUAAAAACAGAGCGUGUCUUGUUUGAGAAUGCCAUUGCCGCACUUGCGGCCGAAAAUGCCGGUGCUGGCUCGACCGACGAAACCGAUGAAGACACCGACGACGAUCAUGAUACGGAAGACGAACACCACAAAAUGACGCAUCCACACGACGAACCGCGCAAGUCGACGCUACGCUGGCUCAAUACCGAAGAUGAACUGAAUUUACGCCGUGCUGCUAUGCUUGCUGCUAGCCAUAGUCCACAAAACUCACGACCAAAUUCGCGUAUGGGGUCUAGAGCGGGCUCACGCGCCGGAUCACGACGUAACUCACUCGAAGACGAGGACCAUGAGGAUCAAAACCAGAAAUCCGUCUCGUCGUUACGAUCAUUCCUGAAUCUCGCUAGACUGAGUAACCCCAUGCCAAAACCACCACGCAAAAGAAAUCGGCAAAUAAUCGAGCAUGGCGAUGGUGAACUUCUAGUGACCUAUUUGGAGAGUCUGCGUGAUCCACUGAUGCGAUUGUCGAUGGAAUGUGCGCCCGUGCUGGACUGUGUCAGCCAUAGCAUUGUCGAGGAACUGGAUAUGGACGACGAUGACGACAAGUCGGUGUGGAAGACGUGGAAGGCAUACAUUUUCCAUUUGCUAAAGCUCAACAAAAAACGAAACAAGAACGAACAAGACGAGCCUCGCAAAUCCUGCAAACUCAAACAUGAUCCGAAAAACUGCAAUUGCGCUGGUACGAUGCGCGAAGCGAUACGGAAAUUUGAUGAAACCGAAGGCGAACGUAUGCACACGUUGUACAAACUCAAUUGCACCAAAGUGGGCAAUGACGUGUUGGAUCUGGGUAUGCGUGAAGAGCUGUUCCUGGUCUUCUUCUUCAUCUUCUCUUUACGUGAGGUAGCAACCGAACUUGAAAGCAUGGCAAAGACAAUGGAUGAGUUGCGACACUCAAAACAUAAACGACGAAGAAAGCAUCUAUACAUGCCGCAGUUGACGCAAAAGUGGUGGAAGAAAUGGGCUAGCACGAACAAUCACCAGAGUAUUCGUGAUAAGGGUGGAUAUUCACUUGCAACGUUGCAGCCUGCCAUGAAAGACGAUCGAGUUCCGGAUGCCGCUGACGAAUACCGCUUACGACGGAUCAAAACAACAGAUACAACGAAGCAACAAAAAACGAGGCGCAUGUCAUCUGUCGCAUCACAAACCAGCAGCACGAUUAUAUCACCUGUUUUAGAGAAAGUAUCGUCAAGAUCGACCAUCACACUGCGUAAACAACGUUCGAAUGCGACCAAAGACUCCACUCACCUCGGUGUUAUUGAGGAUCUUGAAGCUGGGGGUGCUAUCAAAGAAGAGAAAGAAGAAGAAGACAAGCAGCAGCAGCAGCUAGAAAAGAUCAAACCACCGCUGUUCUUGCGCAUCCGUUAUGGUACUUGGAAGACGUUACAGUACCUGAAAAAGUACGAAUUUAAGUUUGCGCUGAAAAUGGCGUUGGCGGUGCUUCUUUUGAGUUUUCCGGCGUUUAUACCUUCUUCGACUGCAUGGUACGAAAGUGUGCGUGGUCAGUGGUCAUGCAUGACCAUUAUCGCCAUCAUGAAUCCAACUAGCGGUGGCACAUGGGAGGCAAGUUUCUGGAGAAUCGUAGGGACUUUGGUGGGUGCCUUCACGGGCUGGGCUGCACUUGAGGCAGAUGGUGGCAGCCCCUACUUGCUGGCGCUGUUUGCGGUGUUACUAUCUAUACCUUUUUUCUAUAUUCACCUGGCAAGCACAUAUAACAAGGUUGGCAUUGUGGUAUUGAUGACUUAUAUGGCCGUUGCACUGAGCAGACAUGUCACGGAGUUGUCAGAACCAAUUCAUGAAACUGUCUGGAAGCGCACGGCUACCGUUGUGGUGGGUAUAUUGGUUGCUGUUAUUCUUAACUGGAUGAUCUGGCCCUUUGUUGCAAGGCAUGCGGUUCGGAAAUCGGUUGCAGGCAUUAUCGGCGAACUGGGCGACUAUUAUACCUUUUUAAUGGGAACAUUUUUGUUCCAUGAUCAUCAAAACCUACCCUCUGAUGAGGAUGAGAAAAAGGCGCAAAAGAUGGAAGGCGGUAUUCAAAAGUCAAUCAAUGCUUGCAGCGUCCUAUUAGAGCUGACGGACCACGAACCGCGGCUCAAGGGGCCGUUUCCUAAAGAUUUUUACAAGGAAAUGAUCGUCUCGACGCGGAACCUUUUGGAUCGAUUGCUAACCAUCCGAACAGCACUCAUAUCCAUGCCAGCAUCUGUCAAGAAGGAUAUCUGUUUACAGGAGUACAAUGUGCAUCGACGUGAUAUGACGGCAUCCAUGCUACUCCAUUUUUAUACCCUCCAAACGUCACUGAGAUCCAAGAUUCCCUUGCCUGCUUACAUGCCUUCUGCUAGAGCAGCUCGCACUCGUUUGAUCCGUUACCGCCGAAAGGAAGCCAAGAAUACAAAGCAAUGGGUCCGCUAUAGAAAUUUAUGCUGGUUUGCCAUGGCCAGCUCGACAGAAGAAAUUAUUGAGGAACUCGAGCAUCUAAAUGAUCUUAUUCGAUUCAUCGUUGGUGAAAGCAAAUUUGCUGAUAGAGCAAGACGUAUUGAUUCAUUGCUUUAAAGAAUAACUGUAUGACCAGCGUAUCAGCUACGUAGGUUAGAAGAAAGACCCUUUGAUAUAUUACUCACUUCCCUAUAAUAUGUUUCGCUAAAUCAUUAUUUCUUGUCUUUUUGCAAAAGCUCUUGUAAUUUUUUAAUAACUUAUUCUUUACAUCCUUGUUACACACUGUAUUCGCUUUUUUAAAAAAAG